AUGAAAUCUCCAACGCGUAUCAUAAAUGGUUUAUAUAUUGGAGACUAGGGUGCAGCGCACGUAUAUUGAUAAAUAUGAUAUUAGGACCUAGAGUUCCUGAUAACAAACAAAAUCAAGAAAAUCAUCAAUUGUGCUGGCAAAUAAAUUCCAAAUCAUUGGGAGUCUAUUGGUAUAGAAUACUUGACCUAUGGUUGGAUUGAAAACGACUAUCAGUAUGCUAUUGACCAUUCUCGUUGUUUUUCAUUUAUAAAUGAUACUUUGGAGGCGGGAGAAGCAGUUUUAGUUCACUCAAUAAGUGCUCUCAAUCGUUCUGUUUUUGUUAUAGUUGUCUUUUUGAUGAAGAAGUAAUUAAGUAUUUUUACCUAUUUAUAGAUUUAAAUGGACCUUAUAAAAAACACUUUAGCAUGUCCAGAACCUUAAACACAAUCCUGAUAUAAAAUAAAAUGUGAUGCAGCAACUAGUGAAUUUUGAAAAAUGGCUUCUACUUAGUAAUUUAGCCAACAAUUAGGAUUUCAAUUAAUAUUAUGAUGAGGUUUUGGCAAGAAAUACUUAUUUGAAUAGUUAAAAGCCUUAAUAAUGUGAACCAAGAAGAAGAAGGGAGGUAAUUUCUAAAAAAGUGCAAUGGAAUAAAACAAUCAUAUCAUAAUACAUUCCUCCAUAUUAUUAAAUGUAUUCAUUUUUACUAAGUUUAAGUUAAUUCAAAAAUCUAUCAAAAUUUUAAUCUGAACCUGUAAAUCAGGUUUAAAUUAAAAAUACAUAACUUCCCGCAACACCAAGAAGAUAGACAAUUGAUAAUUGGAUGAAUAGAAAACUCCCUUUGAAUUAAAUUGUUGAUGAAAAAAAGUUAAACCUUUUUAACAUCAAAUCUGAUAGGCAAUCAAUAAGACCUUAAUUAAGACCAGGGACUGCUCCAUUAAAAAGACUUGUAAAAAAUACUUGGCAAUCAUAAUCCCAUAGAGUCUUAGUUAAAUAAUCAUGAUUAUAAAUAUAAACAAUCUUUUU